AACACCAAUGACCGCGCUGUGAUGACAUCAUCACUGCGCGUCCUGAACAAAGCGGAACACGACGCUAGUGCGAUGGUGGAUUGUAUUAAGCGGUAGAAGACGCGGUUUUGUUAGAUAAGGGUUUAAGCAACGGUAAAGAGAAGAGUGUGAGUAGUAGAAUGGAGGCUGAGAGCGCGACGCUGGAGGAGAGAGGAGUGAGUGCGGCGCAGAAACGUGCAGAAAUUCGCCGCAGGAAACUCCUAAUGAACUCAGAGCAGAGGAUGAACAGGAUAGUGGGCUUUAAUAAAAAUGACGGAGAAAACAGCGAAUCUCAGCGCGUGACAGAGCCACGGUUCCACCUGGACUUGGACAGGGAUGAGAGUUUCUCCCAGUCUGUGUCCAUUAAAAGAGUGUCUCCAUUUGUAACGGAGGCUCGGAGUGAGGGAUCAGUUUUAGACGAGAGGAGGGAGGAGGAGGGGGAGGAUACAGAGCCACAGGGGAUUCGGCUCAGGCCACGGGGGGAGACGUCAAGUGAUGAACGCUCUCGCUCCCCUCGCAGGGGCCUAAACACCUAUAUGUCUCGCUUUGAUGAUGCAAUCAAGCUUCGGGGUCAGUUGGCCAGUGAGAAGGCGUCUGACGACAGCGGCUCAGAUGCGGAAGAGUUUGACUCAUUUAGGCUUUUCCGGCUUCUUGGCAGCAUGGUGUUAGCCGUGUGUGUACGCUUGUUUGUUUGUCAGUACCUGUCCAUAUUUGCACCCUUUCUCACCCUGGAACUUGCCUACAUGGGCUUAUACAAAUACUUCCCAAAGGUGGACAGGAAGAUGAAGACGACGGUGUUGUCUGCAGCACUGCUCCUCUCUGGGAUUCCAGCUGAAGUGAUCAAUCGCUCGGCAGAAACCUACAGGACAAUGGGAGACGUUUUCUCUGAUCUCUGUGUUUAUUUUUUCACCUUCAUCACUUUUCAUGAGAUCAUCACCACUUUCUCCUCUCAGCCCACCUAAAAAACCACAUGUACACUUCAUACCACACACACACGUCAUUCACAGGAGUAACAUACAGCAGCGUGUUUAUCUCAGCUUAAAGCAGUAUUCCAAUCUUGAUUUACAUACAUCACCAGGUCAUUUUUUAGCGCUGCUCAGUUACACUAUCAAUCGUUUAUCAGCAAUUAGAAGCUGUUAACAAACAUGACAGUCAUGUGAUUUGGAUUUUAAUCCUCUUAAUUUAAAACUGCAUAAUGAAACUAAUUAGCAUGACUGGAAUUGUACAGAAACUGUAUUUGAGACUUUAGUCCAGUGUUCUCAUUGCAGAGUGCGUGCUCCUGCACUGCACCCUACACACUUCUCCCCACAGUGCACUCUUCUUAGUAAUGCUGCUGAUGUGCGCUUGGGGCUCAUCAGGGGAGAAGUUAAAUUUAAACUGAAAGGCAGGUAAUAGUGUCAUAAUGUGGUGUUUGACAGUGAGUUGCUUAUUUGUGAUGUAAAAAUUUUGGGAUUUUUUAGCUUGGUGAUACAUAAUAUUAUUUAUGUUUUAUGUAAUUAUUCCAUAUAACAAACAAGCUGCCUGUUACUGCAAAAUUACUGUUCAUUAUAAGAUUGUGUCAACAAUAAACUUCAGUAAACAGUCA